CUGACCUGUAUCACCACCUGUACUCUGCCUGACAACCCCACCUACAUCUGGUACAAGAACAGACACAAAGUAAAGGAGGACACUUCCAGCCUGGACUCAGACUCCUUUAGUGAUGCAGACAGUUACUCCUGUGCUGUAAAAGGCCAUGAGGAUCUCCUCUCUCCUGCAGUGUAUAAGAAGUGUUGGAGUGUGACUUACACCCAUCAGAAGAUCUGUGCCUUGAAGGGGUCAACAGUGAACAUAUCCUGCUCUUACACAUAUCCCAGUUAUCAUGAGAUCAAACAAGCUUUCUGGUUUACUAAAUGGUCUGGUAUGGAGGCUGAAGAUCUGAGCUCAGUGCCAAGAUGUUGUGUUGGAGAUGGAUCCUACAUCUGUGUCAGAGGGGGAGAGAGUCACACUGAGAUGUAGAACCAACUGUACACUGGACCCCAUCACAGCCUACAGUUGGUAUAAGAAUGGACAGUCUCUACCAAACAGCAACACCUCCUCUCCUGUCUAUAUCCUGUUCUCAGUCAGCAGUGAGGAUACAGGCAGAUACUCCUGUUCUGUAGAAGGACAUGAGGAUCUCCCCUCUGAUGAAGAAACUCUCACUGUCACAUAUGGUCCAUGGAACACCUCAGUGUCAGUCAGCCCCUCUGGUGAAUUAGUGGAGGGCAGUUCAGUGACUCUGACCUGCAGCAGUGAUGCCAACCCACCUGUGGACAAAUACACCUGGUACAAGAAGAACGUAACCUCACCAAAAGCAUCAGGACAGAGUUACAGCAUCACUGACAUCAUCUCUGAGGACAGAGGAGAAUAUUACUGUGAGGCCCAGAAUGGAAGAGGAUCUAUGAACUCUACAGCUCUGAUGAUCAUUGUAGCAGGGAAACAGACCUCAGUUAUAACUGCAGCCUUAGGAAUCAUAGUGGUUGUUCUGGUUGUCAUACUGGCUUCAUGUCUCUCUGGACUCAUAUGGUUCAAGAAGAAGGUCUCCAAAACCACCUCUGACACAAGACACACAGCAGGCAAUGGACAGGGAGACUCUAGUCCAGUGUAUGACAACAUCUCAGGCAUGGCCUUCACCCCUACUGCAGCACAGACAGCGGCCACCGUCGACCAAGAUGACAUUCACUUCGCCAGCGUCCACUUCUCUCACUCCAAAAACCAGGAAGUGCCUCUGUACUCCACCGUCCAGCUGCUUCAACCCCAGAAAGAGGAUGAGGAUGUCCAGUACGCUGCUGUGAAUUUCAACCUCCCAAGUGCUGCCACCUGGUCCACGGUGGUACAAGCAGCUGAGGAGGAUCCCUCUGUUCUCUACAGUACAGUCAACAAACCCAGAACCAAGAAGUCCUUAACACAAUAAACCCAGAACCAAGAAGACCUGAAAAUAACAAACCCAGAACCAAGAAGACCUGACCAACCCAGAACCAAGAACUGAAAACAACACACCCAGAACCAAGAACUGAAAACAACAAAUCCAGAACCAAGAAGACCUGACAAAUCCAGAACCAAUAACUGAAAACAACAAACCCAGAACCAAGAAGACCUGACAAAUCCAGAACCAAGAACUGAAAACAAUAAACCAAGAAGACCUGAACACAACAAACCCAAAAGCAAGAAGACCUGACAAAUCCAGAAACAAGAACUGAAAACAACAAACCCAGAACCAAGAAGACCUGAACACAAAAAACCCAAAAGCAAGAAGACCUAACAAAUCCAGAAACAAGAACUGAAAACAACAAAUCCAGAACCAAGACGACCUGACAAACCCAGAACCAAGAACUGAAAACAACAAACCCAGAACCAAGAAGACCUGGCAAACCCAGAACCAAGAACUGAACACAACAAACCCAGAACCAAGAACUGAAAACAACAAACCCAGAACCAAGAAGAACUAAAAACAACAAACCAGAACCAAGAACUGAAAGCAACAAACCCAGAACCAAGAAGAACUGAAAACAACAAACCCAGAACCAAGAAGAACUGAACACAACAAAUCCAGAACCAAGAACUGAAAACAACAAACCCAGAAACAAGAAGACCUGACAAACCCAGAACCAAGAACUGAAAACAACAAACCCAGAACCAAGAAGAUCUGACAAACCCAGAACCAAGAACUGAACACAACAAACCCAGAACCAAGAACUGAAAAAAACAAACCCAGAACCAAGAAGAUCUGACAAACCCAGAACCAAGAACUGAAAAAAACAAACCCAGAACCAAGAACUGAACACAACAAAUCCAGAACCAAGAACUGAAAACAACAAACCCAGAACCAAGAAGAACUGAAAAUAACAAACCCAGAACCAAGAAGACCUGACAAACCCAGAACCAAGAACUGAAAACAACAAACCCAGAACCAAGAAGACCUGACAAAUCCAGAACCAAUAACUGAAAACAACAAACCCAGAACCAAGAAGACCUCACAAAUCCAGAACCAAGAACUGAAAACAAUAAAACCAGAACCAAGAAGACCUGAACACAACAAACCCAGAACCAAGAACUGAAAACAACAAACCCAGAACCAAGACCUGAAAACAACAAACCCAGAACCAAGAAGACCUUGUAUAUCUGGACCCGUAUAUAAUAACUAAGUGGUAUAAUUAAGCAAUAAGGUCAGAGGGGGUGUGGUAUAUUGGCCUAUAUACUGUACCACGGCUAAGGACUGUUCUUAAGCACGACACAACGCAGAGUUCCUGUAUACAGCUGUUAGCUGUGGUAUAUUGGCCUAUAUACUGUACCACGGCUAAGGACUGUUCUUAAGCACGACACAACGCAGAGUUCCUGUAUACAGCUGUUAGCUGUGGUAUAUUGGCCUAUAUACUGUACCACGGCUAAGGACUGUUCUUAAGCACGACACAACGCAGAGUUCCUGGAUACAGCCGUUAGCUGUGGUAUAUUGGCCUAUAUACUGUACCACGGCUAAGGACUGUUCUUAAGCACGACACAACGCAGAGUUCCUCGAUACAGCCGUUAGCUGUGGUAUAUUGGCCUAUAUACUGUACCACGGCUAAUCACUGUUGUUCUGCACAAUGCAGAGUGCCUUGAUACAGCCCUUAGCCGUGGUAUAUUGACCAUAUACUACAAGCACGAGGGCCUUAUUGCUAUUAUAAACUGGUUACCAACAUAAAUAGAAAGUAAACAAAUAUGUUGGUGUCAUACCAGUGUUCUAUUGUCUGAAAUACUGUAUGUGAAAUGAAAUGCUUAUUCAGCCAAUCAGCAUCCAGGACCUAAACUACCUGGUUUAUAAUAGUAUCUAGUAAUAUACAGUGCAUUCAGAAAGUAUUCAGACCCCUUGACUUUUUCCACAUUUUGUUAUGUUACAGCCUUAUUCUAAAAUUGAAUAGAAUUUUUUUCCCCUCAUCAAUCUACACACAAUACCCCAUAAUGACAAAGCAAAAACAGGUAUUUAGAAAGGUUUGCAAAUUGAUUAAAAAUGUUCUUUACAUUG